AUGCCAUUCAACGGAGUAUUAUUAGUGUCAGUGGCGAAAACAUCAGCAGAAGUUUGGCAAUUCUUAUCAUGUCUGCCAGACCCAAUUGAGAGCGAGCAGCUAUUGGAUCUGGUCAUCUGCUUCCCUCUUCAACAAUUGGGUCGCUUAGCUCUUUGUGUUUGGACUUUCCUUUGUGUCCCACCUGACCCUUAUUACUAUCGCCGUUACUCUUACAAUUCUUCUGCGUCUUCUUCAUCUUCAUCAUUUUAUGACGAGGAGGAUCUUGUUGGUGCUUCCCCUCCUGUUGCAGCUCCUCAAUAUUACUAUGAUUCUUCUUCUUCUUCACAUUCGGAUUGA